AUGUCUAAGAGAGGACGUGGUGGUUCAUCCGGAGUGAAAUUUCGCAUCUCCCUUGGUCUUCCUGUGGGAGCUGUGAUCAACUGCGCUUACAAUACAGGGGCCAAGAACCUGUACAUAAUCUCUGUCAAAGGCAUCAAGGGACGUUUGAACAGAGUACCAGCUGCUGGUGUUGGUGACAUGGUCAUGGCAACUGUAAAGGAAGGCAAACCAGAGAUCCGGAAAAAGGUGCGUCCAGCAGGAGUGAUACGGCAGCGGAAAGCAUACCGGAGAAAAGACGGGGUGUUUCUCUACUUUGAAGACAAUGCAGGGGUGAUUGUAAAUAACAAAGGAGAAAUGAAAGGUUCUGCAAUCACAGGUCCUGUCGCCAAGGAAUGUGCAGAUCUGUGGCCCAGGGUUGCUUCCAAUGCUGGGACCGUUGCAUAAGAACUGUAAACAGUUUCUAAAAUGAUACCUGUAUGAUUCAAUAAAUAUUUCUACCCCCAGAAAAAAAAA